CGCCGGGUCAGGUUUUGGUUCCUCCCGCUCAGUCGGGCCGCCUCCGCCGCGCUCCCCGCCUACACCUGCGAUUACUUCUGUUGCAGCCACAGCCCCAGCGGAGACGCAGCGUCUUAGUCGCUGGGCAACUUCUGUUGGGUCAGCGGCGUGAGAGAACCCACCGCGGCGUGUCAUCGGCGCCGCCGGGGCCCUGGUGCGCCCGGCCGGCCGGCACAGCUCACGCCCCUGUCUCCCGGCUGGUCCGGGGGUCCGGGCACCGCCUCAACGGCGGCUCCGCCGGACGCGCAGACCGGACCGCAGCCCGCACCGCAGCCCGCAUCCGAAGCGGACGGCGUCAUGAGGCACCUGCCGUACUUCUGCCGGGGCCAAGUGGUGCGGGGCUUCGGCCGCGGCUCCAAGCAGCUGGGCAUCCCCACAGCUAACUUUCCUGAACAAGUAGUAGAUAAUCUUCCAGCUGACGUAUCCACUGGCAUUUAUUAUGGUUGGGCCAGUGUUGGAAGUGGAGAUGUCCACAAGAUGGUGGUGAGCAUAGGAUGGAACCCGUACUACAAGAAUACAAAAAAGUCCAUGGAAACUCAUAUCAUGCAUACCUUCAAAGAGGAUUUCUAUGGGGAAAUCCUCAGUGUGGCCAUCGUUGGCUACCUCAGACCAGAAAAGAACUUUGAUUCUUUAGAGUCACUUAUUUCAGCAAUUCAUGGUGAUAUUGAAGAAGCUAAGAAACGACUAGAUCUACCAGAACAUUUGAAACUCAAAGAAGACAAUUUCUUCCGGGUUCCUAAAAGCAAAAUAAUGAAUGGCCACUGAUGAAAAAUCAUCUUAUUUAUUCAUUCACUGUUUUUUAGUAUUUCACUGUUUAUAACUGUCCAGUCUCAUCUCAGUUAUAUUUUAAAAAUCAAACAUUUUCCUUCUGCUGUGAAUUAAACAGUACAAUGUCGUUACCUUAUUGUGCUUCACCUGUUAAAUUAAACCCAUCAUGUAAUAGCACUACAAAGAUUCAUUUAAAAAUCAAGUUUUUUUUAAAUAUGUUGAUUAAAAUGUACCACUAAAAAGGUAUUAAGGUAUUAUGAUGGAAAUGAAAUGUAUAUAAAUGUAGGUAAAAAGGCCAGUCACUAGUUUGAGAUUAGAACUAAAAUUCUUAUGGUAAAAUACCAGCAUGUAUGUCCUUAUAUAUCAUUUACUGCUAAGCAGAGAAAGCUAAUAAAAGUAAAUACAUUAAACAAAAGUUUGAUAGUUUAUUGUAAAUCUAAGGGGAAAUGUUCAGACUAUUUUAGAUAUUUUGUGCAUUAAUAUGUUAUUACAAAUGGGAAAUUUUUAUUCAUUCCCUUUGAACUCACAUUGUUGUAUCAUCUUAAUUUUUGUACAGAGCUGCCUCAAUUCUAAGUGGUCUAUUUUUUUAUUUGUUCGUUUAUAUAGUAAGACAGUAAAAUGAGUGUUUUUUGAAUCUAUAGAUCUUGUUUCUGUGUUGGAUAACACUUCUUUUUUUUAAGAGUAGAUAUUCUUCUUCCUCAACAUUUUUCUUGAUUUUUUUUUUUUUCCUUUAAACAAUUGCCAGUGUCAGUUUAUUCCAUUUAGAAUAUCCUACUGUGCCAGGCACAGGAAGGGAAGCCGGGACAGGAGGAUCACUUGAGGCCAGCCUGGGCAACAUAGUUGAGACCCCUCUCUAAAAAAACAUUAGUUUUCAAUAUUAAAAGCCAGAAUAUUCUACUUAAAAGAAAUUGCAUCUGCUUAUACCAUCCUGUCCCUUCACUGUAUGAACAAUGAUUAAGUGAAUGUAUGUACUGCAUUUUAAAACAAACAAAAAAAAGCCAGGUACAGUGGCUCAU